CUCGACUGAUACUGGAUGCUCUUGACCGCAGUCCCUCGCCAGAUCCCGCGUCUCAGGCUGAUUGGUGCCUCGAGCCAAUCUUCUGCACUCCUUCCACUACACUCAAGCACUGUCCUUGGUAAAUUUCGUUGUCUGUCACGGUUCGAUGGUUGGCGAGGCAUGAAGCGAACCGCCACUGCCAAAACUCGUCCCAAACUUCCUGAUUACUGCGACGUUGAGCCACGGCGUGAUGCCUCUGGGAACCCAAUAUGGCCAGCUCCAGAAGCUGCCAUGGACGAGGCAAGAGCCUUCAUAAAGGAAUGCGCAGCAAGUGGCAAGAAAGCUCUCAUUGUACCCGACAAGGACGCUGACGGCCUCUCGUCGGGCGUCAUUCUCUAUCGGACGCUCACGAGCCUCGGCCUCGAUCCAUCCUUAAUCGAUGUUCAUCUAAUUCAGAAGGGUUCGACGGUGAACACUCAGUCAGAGCGUGAAGCCAUGGCUGCCAAAGAUCCGGCGUAUGUUGUCGUCCUCGAUCAGGGUUCUAUAGCGGCACCCCCGGUGGUUGAUCUACAUUCGGCGAAAUCUUUGAUCAUCGACCACCAUUUGAGUAACCACUUUCCAGAAGGCGCUCAGGUGGUCUCCGCCUGCCAUUAUCCACCGGUAUCAACAUCAUCUCUCCUCACUUACGAGAUCUGCAAGACCCUUGCUCCGGACAUUGCCUCCUCCUGUGCAUACCUUGCCUGUAUCGGCACUCAUGGUGAUCUUGGAAAUACCUUGAAGUGGUCUCCCCCGUUCCCGGACAUGAAAGAGACAUUCAAAGUAUUCACAAAGAAAUCCAUCAAUGAUGCAACCUCACUCGUCAACGCACCCAGGCGGACCGCUAAAUAUGACGUUAUCACGGCGUGGACUGCUCUUCUCGCAUCAAAGGAUCCCAAAGACCUGUUGAGUAAUGGUCGACUCCAGAGUGCCCGUGCAGAAGUCAAUGCAGAGGUCGAGUUGAACACGCAUACCCCUCCGAAAUUCAGCCCUGACGGACGAAUCGCUGUCCUGCGGAUCAACACCCCAGCCCAGGUCCAUCCGGUUAUUGCCACCCGGUGGGCUGGAUACUUGAACUCAAAAGCUCUGGAAAUAGUCCUUUGUGCGAAUUCAGGCUACCUCCCCGGGAUGGUCAACUUCUCUUGUCGUAUCGCCCGAUGCGCAAGGUCGAGGGAUCCACCUGUCAAUAUUAUUGACAGCUUGAAAGCUGCUGCAGAUUUGUCCUCUGAUGGCCUCAGACAUAGGCUCGGAGAGAGUUUUGCCAGAGGCCACAAAGAAGCCAGCGGUGGAAUUGUGCCCGCUGAAGCCUUCGAAGAAUUGAUGACCUUGCUAAAAGUUGGCGAAAAACCAGAAAAGAGCAAUGAUGAUGCUGAUGAGCCGAAAACAAAGAAAGUCAAAACCAUCGAAAAGAGUCCACAAAAAAACACGCUUGUGAACUACUUCCAGAGGUCAUGAACGGCGCUCGAUUGAUAGAUGGACGCUCUAUUGAAUCAAGUUGAAUCAUCGUUGAUUCCCGCCACAGAUCCCACCAUUUGCCAUGAAUCUUGCAACUCUCGCAGAGCCCUCGGCAAGGUCUCCUCAAGAGCUUUAUUUAGGAGCCAUUGAAACAUCGAGGAAUCGUUAUUAAAAAGAGGGCGACCCAUUCGUUCAGAGAGCAUUUGGGGCAGAUGGUUUUCGAGAUACCUGGUGUAAUCCUGGACACUCUGCAUUGUGGCCUGGGAAUGUGUGUCAUCCACAUAGGGAGUGCCUGGACGCUGCGCACCCGGGAAAAGGAUGUCGAAGAUUUCGAACCAUACUGACGCGGCGUCUCUGCGCAUCUUCCUGCGCUUGACUGCUUUGUACUGUUCGUGGGUCAUCUUCUCCUGAAAGGGGCAGUCAUUCACAGCGCAGGCUGGCCUCGCCCGAGCGUGCCCCUCGCAGUCGCUUUCCGACUUGAAUUCGGUAUAGCAGGACGAACAGUAAUAUUCAGGUCGCCUAUGGAUCCUAUAAAGAUGCUGCUUCAGCCGGGGAAUGUUUGUCAAGUAUACACUUCGGCAUCGACGAUACGCUCUUUCAUGCAGAUUCGGGUUCAUUUCUGAAUAUCUGUCGGCAUCGUAUUUCGCAUAAGGGCAGGCAAGAAGCCCUUCUUCGUCAGAAUCAUCCUGGAUGAGGCUUUGGAUGCGUGGUCUCUGUGGUUCCUUCGGCUCCUCGUUGCCGUCAUGUUCAUGGCGUUUGUCCUUAUUGGACGAUCCUGCCGCUUUGCUCGCCUGUCCGGUUGAUGAACAAGAUCCAGUGGCAGGCCGAUCGCCAACGUUUGAGCUUGCAGGCGAUCCUUGAGAACUUUGAGGGGUGCAUACGUUUAUUCUUCCACUGCCGGACAAGAACCCUUGCACCAAAUCUAGCGCGAUCUCCGAAACCAUGUUCUCAAUUUCUUUCUCUAGUCCCAUGUCAAAAGAUGGCGGAGACUGAGAAUUGAAGGCGAAGGAUUCCUCUCCAGAAGAACUCAUGUCCAUUUCUUGAGACAUUGACGAAGCGGCGGCAAAGGAUGCCUCGUCACCAUCGACGGUAUUAUGGUUCCGCAAGGCUCCUUCCACUUCACCAGAACCAAUGAGAACAUCAAGAUCUUGGUAUUCAAGUGGAGGAUUGGCAGUGCCACCAAAGUCGCGGUGGGUCGGUUCGGAGUCCAACGAAUAUGAUGCAGUGACCUGAGGCAUUCUCGUUUGUGACGGGCCGGUCGUGAUGGGAAGGGACCGAACCAAAGCCCAGUCGGUGCGGUGUACAGCUUCUCCUUGAUGCUUAUCGCCGUCGUCGACGUUGCAGCUCAUCCCAUCUUGAACGUCUCGGCGGCCAUUGUCUCGGUCGAGAAGGGUGGAACUCGAACCUAUAGCUGUUUUUCGACCAGAUCCGCCGUUGGAUAUGUGAAUCUGUGAAGAAACGAUCGGUUUGGAAUCGCGAGAAGGAGCUUGAGCCAGGGUUUCUCUGUCCAGGUCGCCCUUCGGAAACACGUCGUCUUCAUUCGCGGAUUUGUCAUUACGAACUCGAGGGAGCCCAUUCGCAGUCGCUAAUGGUGAUAUACUGUUGUUGGAGGAUGUCCCCUGCCGACGUUUUCCCCAACGGCUUAAAGGCUCGCCAGAGACUAGACUGUAGUUGUCUGAUCGUUGACGUACUGGAAUCCCCCGAGAAGUCACUGGCUCAACUGGAAUGGAGCGAGGCUCCGUGACUGCCGGACGACUGGCGCGAGACUCCACAUAUAGCGGAGGCUUGGUGCGGGGAACCCACCAUGCAUCUCCCGGUCGAUAUGAAUACAUUUCCCACCACGUCGAGAUCGAGAGGCGGAAGCCGAGUGGGUUGAUACUCUUGCAGCUGUGAACAAUGCGAACAAGGUCGCAAGGCUCUGUGCAGAACGCCAAGGGUCAUGUUCCGAGCCUCAAAAACCACAAGCGGAACGAAAUACCCGAAAAUCCAGCGGUAUUCUAAUGGUCGAGAGGUCGCUGGAGAAGGCACGGUACAAGAAUUUCUCAAGACAAGGUAAAACAAGAGAGCAGAGACUGUCAUGGGAAGACGUGGGCUGAAGGGAAUGCGAGGCUAAAUAGCAGGAGGAGCGCAAGCCUCAGUCACAGAGCAAGGACCGAAAGUCACAGAUGUGUGUACUCAGUCCUUCCAUGGGAGUUUCCACACAGCCACAAAAAGGCGUCUUGAAACGUAGAGGCGCCCCAUUGGUCAGGUUGUUCUAAGUGGAAUGCAUAAGCGCCAAUGCGGACAAUGGAUCAAAGCACAGCAAAGGCGGAAGACGGUCGGCAACGGGGCCACUUGACGAGAAUAUUCGAUGGCGAGAUCUUUCUCUCGCUUGUCCCGGAGAGAUCGCAGGGCAGGACGCGGUUGUUGGACUUGGGCCAGGGCCGGGGAUAGUCAGGCUGGGGUGUCUGGGGACGGCGUCCUCACCGCCAUUUUAGUUCGGCAAGGCUGAGAAGGCAAGGCUGAGAAAAUCGGGUCUGGAGAUUUCCUGAAGCAUAGGCAGAAACUUUGACGGAUGGAAGAGAGUGAGAGACGUAGGACCCCAAGAGGACACAGAGUGGUCGAUCUCUCGGAGGGGAGAAAGCAGAUGAUGAAGCAAAGAGUUGUUCACCGCGCAAGAAGGAUCGAGCUCAUUCCACUGUAGAACACUCACUUGGU